GCUUGUGAUACCGAGAGGAGAAUGAAUGGUCAUGUAAAGAAUAUGCAUUUUCAGCAGUUCAUGGAAACAGCAGCAACAUUACUGUCUCUCUUGCUGCUUAUGACUGUUGAUUCAACAAAAACUGUGGCAGCAAGCACGAAUCAGCAGUGUGGGAAUCUCCUGCAGCAGACUUUGAAGAUCACCAGAAUUGUACACAAGGAAUCUGGUGACCUAAUCAAGACAUAUAAAGCCGCUCAAGGGGAAAUGUCAGAGCUCUUCUGCAAGGUGUCGGUGAACGACAUCCCUGAUCCCAACAUCUCUGGGCUGGAUCCCCCAGCAAGGAUAGCAAGCAUCUACACGCAUCUCCAAGCUUUCCUCCCACAUUUUAAACGUGUAUACAAGCAGCAGACAGACUUACAAUCACCUGGCAGCCCUCUCCUGAAAGAGCUCACCAGAGUCUGGGAUCGCACCGAGAGUCUGGCCAGUUUCAUAAACACAUUUUAUCAGAGCCUCUUCCCAAACCUGCCCAUACCUGAGCCGGCAGGUGGGCCGACAACACUACCACCAGCUCAGAACGUCUUCCAGCAGAAGGUGUACGGCUGCGUGGUCCUGAAGACCUACAAGGAUUUCAUGUCAAACGUUUCCAAAGAACUGAGGAAUAUAAAAAGCAAAGUGUGCACGAAGAGGACACCAAUCAAUGCAUUCUGAAGAUGACCAGAAGGUGGCCUUACACAGUCAGUUUCCUGAG